AUGCCUCAGUCUUCCAGGAUUUCGACACGCGACGGACAUGAAUCGCGUCAUCGCCAUUCACACCAGGAAGGAGGCUCACGGCGCCACCGCGACAAUAGAUCUCGGUCACCGGAUGGAAGCCCGCAGAGGCACUCCGGGGAGCGCAGGAGAAGGACGUCACCCAGGAGGAGAGACAGGGAGAGGGAGCCUCGAAGGCCGCGCUCAUCUGAUGGGCACCAUGGCUCAUCGAGUCGUGCAAGCAAACAGGCGAGCCAAGUGGCGGUAGCGCUGCCAUAUGGGGCUCGACAGCUUUCAAAGGAUGACCUCGGGGCGUUUGAGGCGCUCUUUGGCGAAUACCUGAGCCUGCAGAAGCAACGGUCCAUCGAGGACAUGGAUGAUCGGGAGAUUCGUGGUCGGUGGAAGAGCUUCGUGGGCAAGUGGAAUCGCGGAGAGCUGGCUGAGGGGUGGUAUGAUCCCGACAUGUUCCAGCGUAUCCUUGAGCGGGACCCAUUACCCAAGAGACAGCCAGAGCAGCAACAUUCACCACGAGAUGCACCACGGGAAGCCGGGCAUCCCGACAGCGCCGGGACCGAGGACGAGGACGAGGACUACGGCCCUGUGCUUCCGGGCGCAUCGGCCGGAGGUCGUCGGGCUGGCGUUGGAAUUCCGACCAAGGAUGACCUUGCUUUACGCGAUGAGCUUGUCGCGGAAUCCAGAGAGGCUGAUCGGGAAGAUCUACGCGCUGCCCGCAAAGCUGACCGGAAGCUGCAAAAGGAGCGUCUUGAAGACUUGGUGCCUCGCGCCGAGGCGGGUACCCGUGAACGCAAGCUGGAGAAGCGACAAGAGGUCAAUGAGAAGAUGCGGUCAUUUCGAGAAAAGAGCCCUGGCGGAGAAGUGCGUGAUAGCGAACUGAUGGGAGGAGGUGACAGCGUGGAAGAUUACAAGAAGGCAAAGGAGAAGGAGCAGCGGCGCAAAUCGGAGAGGGAGAUUCGACGGGAAGAGAUGGAGAGAGCGAGGAGAGAGGAGAUUGCGGAGAAGAGGAGGGCGUGGCAGGAGAGGGAGGACGAGACGGUGAUCGUUGAGCCUCGACAAGCUCACUCUGCUGAUCAUUCUUUCGCCAACACACCACUCUCUCCAAUCCCCUUUCACUCCGUCGACAUGGAACAGGGCGACGACUAUGGCACGGGGGGCCUGAUGGACGAUCCCGAAGACUACUACCCCUCUACCCCUCCGCCAACGAAGCAAAUUUUCACCAUGGGAAGCGGCAAGGAGGUUGUUUUGCACUUGGUUGGCCACAGCCCUACGGAGGCACAUCAUCUAUGGAACGGCGCAAAGAUCAUAUCGGACUACUUUGAGGAGGACCCUGCACGGGUACGGGGCAAGACCGUCUUGGAGCUUGGAGCUGCGUCGGGACUCCCUUCACUCGUGGCUGGCAUUCUUGGAGCAAAGAAAGUUGUCAUGACUGAUUUCCCUGAUCCGGAUCUCGUCAUGAACAUGCAGAAGAACAUUGAUGAGUGUGAUGAGACGACAGGGCCAAAGGGCCACAUUGCAAAGGCGGUUGAUGCGGCUGGGUUUGUCUGGGGUGGAGAUCCGGUGCCUCUCAUUGCCCGUCUCUCAUCCGUUGAAGAUGGUUCAAGUUUACCGGUCGCAGAAAAGCGUUUCGACGUGCUGAUUCUCGCGGAUCUGCUCUUCCGACACUCGGAACAUGGCGCCUUGGUCAAGACGAUCAGGGAGACGAUGAAGGUUUCGCGGGAUAGCGCGGCUUACGUCUUCUUCACCUCGUACAGGCCGUGGAAGAAGGACUUGGACAUGGGCUUUUUCGACGUGGCGCGCGAGGCAGGGUUCGAGGUGGAGCAGGUUUUGGAGAAGAAGCUGGAGAAGCCGCUGUUUGAAAACGACCCGGGCGAUUUGGAUGUGCAGAAGACGGUUAAGGGAUUUAUCGUGCGGUGGCCGGAGAGCGUGUGA